CGAAAUCUGUGCUAUUUAGUUGUGAUAAUUUUGUUUUAAUUUUCGGAUUUUGUUCCUGCUAAUUAUUUUGCAAAUAACCAGCCAAUUGGAGAUUUCAGGAGGAGUUGUUUCACAUUAACUGCUUUAUUGAAUGAACCGAUCAAAUUUUUCAUCAUGAUUUGCAACGUAUCUUUUUAAAUAUUUAUAAUCGAAGAAAGUUAAUUAAUUUUAUGUAAGAUUUUCUAUGUAAACACGAAAACUACUGAACAUAAGUACUGAUUCACGAUAAAAUGAGCAACCACUUGAAUUUCCACCAAAAGUAAAAAUAGAAAGAUUUGGAGUUUAAAAUAUUUGAUGAAAAGUUGUUAAUCCAUUUCUAGAAUAGGCUAGAAAAUAUGUGCUUGGAAAUAUUUCAAUCAAGCGAGCUUUUAAGACAUAAACAAUUGAAAGUUUCUUGUGCCUGUUAGCGAUGACGAUUUGCUCCUUGAAGAUGAAGAGGAUGAAUUGGGAUCACUUAAUCUACCUCUGUCUCGUAUUGACAUGUGCUGUGCAACCAGGCUCGAAUGCAGCUGGACCUGUUUAUGUUCCCAGUGCUCCCAGAGCAGAAGCUUUGACGGCGGCUGAAGACAUCGACUCUGAUGCCAGUUUACCAACGGUGACCGUUCGAGGUUUCCUAAACUUUAGAACGACGGUGGACGGCACAGUCAUCGUGUUCACGCCUGCAUCAGGUGUUCCUCAGGACCCUACCCCUGCGUCCAGUAUUUAUUCCCCACCAUCCAACCCUCCGUCACUUGUGUCGAGAAACGACGACAUCCAACACUUGUCUUUCACCAACAAUGACAGGGACACGCAGAAAAGGACAGAGCUAGAAAAUGAAGCACACACGCCAGAAGAUGACAGACAGAACUUCAGGCAAAGGCAUCUUAAACCUGGUUUCAGUAACCUUGGAACGACUCCUGAUUCAGACGAUCUCCAAGAGCCUCAGCAGAACCUCCAGAAACCUGGUGCUACACCACCUUUACAGCAGUAUCCUACAGGCUUAGUAACCGUUCUGGGUGGAACACACGUCAAGGAUGGGGCCACCACUGUCUUCGAAACCAAGGUCAUCGGGACUUAUAUCGAAGGGAAAUACGCACAAAUUCUACAAAGUACCUCACAAAUCAUCUUUCCUGCACGACCAGAGGAUUUGUCGACGCCAAAACCAAGUCCAACAAAGCCAGUUUACCAAAAAUCAGCAACAGCGACUGUGGCGAGUAGUCGUUCUAUACCAACCAAACCGAACAAGCAUUUGGGAGAGCCCUCUGCCAGCAGAUACAAGCCUACUGUUGGCAGUGUGACAAAAGAAUAUAGAGCCACUACAGUUGGGAGUAGACAAGCAGAUCGACGAACGGAUGAACCUCUGAAUUCGAACACUGUUCUUCAGUCCUCCUUCAAGCUUCCAGAAGGUGUUCAAAAUCGUCAAUCUACUCACCCUACGGAGUCCUUGGAAAAGACUUCGCGAUCUUCUUACAGCGUCCCUAGAAGAUUUCGACCAACUGUAGUGCCUGAUAUUCCACCUGAAGAUGAGAACACAGUUCCGGAAUCUCAAAAUGGAAGAGGAGGAGGCCGCGGAUUCCGCUACGUUCUUCCUAGACGAAACACACCUUCAGUACGCUUGAAUCGUUUCAAAGUGAAGCUUUCUGUUCGAAAUGACGGAGGAAUCACGGGCUUGGUAACACCACAGGACAACACUUUUGAUCCCGAUGAGGAAAUCAUGGAAGAAUACGAUCCACUUGCCCCCGUAGAUCCUGCCAAAGUCAUUUAUGAAAAAACCACCAUUACAAGUGAAGUGACGUUACAUGUAGGACGAAGAAAAUCUAUUCGUACUCUUACCAUUACAACCAACGUUCCAAAAACCAGACAUAUUUAUCCUACAUAUGGAAUCAACGAUGCCCACGACAUAUCACCAGCCAACAAUAAUGCUAUAUUUGCUACUUUGAGCCCUAUCGACGAUGAUGCUGUUCCGCAAGUUGUUGUUACAAGAACGUACACUACUACAGAGCGAAUGUUGAAAACUUCCGUGGUUCCAAUUUCUGAUAACGAGACAACUUCCUAUCAUACUGUUACAGAAAGUUUUUUCAUCCUGAAACUCAUAACUGGAUACAAAACCUUACCUGCUUCUGAAAUGACCAUGUAUCCUAAUGAAACCACCGAAACUGAAUUUGAUGAAUCAGUUGAUCAGCUAGGUGGUCUUCUUGAUGGUGCUGUUCAACUUGAGCCCUCACCCCGUCAGCAGAUUAUUCAAACGCCAAUACCAAAUGGUUUGUUGCAAGCGUCUGGUAGUGGCAGAGAACCUGCCAUUGUACCAUAUGAUCAAACAAAAGGUAAAGCGAAUGCGAAUGAUUUGUCGAAUUCUUUACUGUCUUUGGGUGCAGCAUUGCAACAAAAUCCUUUGGCGGCAGUGUAUCUCGGUCUUCAGCAGUUGAACAAACAUGCCACCCUUUACUCAACAAUUACGAAGACUUCGACUUAUGUUCAAACUGACAUCGUUUAUAGCACAAAAGUUGUCAGUUUUUACGACGGCAGAAGGACGAGGACACGGACGCUGUCUGAAUCUAUAUCUACCACAGAACAAACGAAGACAUCUUUGAUUACGACCGUUGAGCCUUAUCUAAAUACUCAAUUGUUUCAGCAACAAAAUCAGCUUCAGCAAUUGCUUGGAGGUACGCAGUUGGGUACAGGACCACAGCUGAUUCCCCCUCCACCUCAGUAUAGCACCCUGACGACGACUUAUACAACAGUUACUACUGCAACUAGUUUAAGUACAAGGGUAUAUACUCUAAUUUACAAUGCAAUCAGCACAAAAUUCAGAACAGUAACUAGUACAUCGUUAUACGAAACAACUGUAACUGUGACCAGCACAAGUGAAGUACCGAUUGCAAUAACAGCACCCCCUGGAGGAGUGUUUCCUUUUCUCGGCUGAAAUCGGCGGGAAAAAUGAUAAAUACAUAUCACGUGAUUAGUAAAUUCUUUUAACGUCAAAGAAACAUUUGUCAAAAAAGUGACUCAUGUGAAGUUAUAUAGUAGACUUUUUAAAAUUGCAAAAGAGAGACUGUACUUGUUUGCAUUAUGACUCAUACGAAAGACUUUAAUAAAUUGAUUGAAAAUUAAAAACUUUCAGGAAUUAGCACAAAGACGAUUUGAAAAAUCUCUCAUUUCCGUAUAACUGUGCUCGGGUACCCAAAGCUGUACAAACAUUUUCACGAAGGAAAUCAUUUUUGCUCAAAAUGGUAACUACUAAUCUUAGUAGAGUGUAAAUAGAAUAAUUUAACAACCUUUUCGCCUUCAUCCAAAUCAGGUUUUCAUUUUAUUUGCGAGAAAGAACUUUACUUUUGCAUCAUUUUGAACCAUUAAAUUAGAGGUACGAAUUCAUCUGAAUCAGGAAUUGAAGAUACAUGAACUAUUCAUAUCCAGAUACGUUGUUAAACUUAUUUAGCUUUAACUGAACAGAAAAAAAUGAGAGGAGUUAAUAGUGUUAUGAAGACUUAAAAAAUAUAAUAAAUGACGAGGUGCAAUAAUCUGACAACGUUAAUUUAAACGGAGUUUAUUGAACAUUCUUCAAUCUUUUCGGAUGAAGAUUGUGUAUGUUAUGUACAAAUUCGCUGUGUUGAAUGUGCUACAAACUACUUAUGUGGUAAUUUAAAACGCUGUUUUGUUUUCUUUUAUAGAAAUUUCCAAAAAUAUUGAAGUGAUAUUUCCUGAUUUCUUUGAGUUGUCAGAGUAUCUACCAGAUUCUACACAUGCAAUGAAAAUUCAGAAAGUUCUACAUCGUCCUGUUCUAGUUUGUGUGUGUAUAACAUUCUGUGUUGUACUUUUAAUAAAAAAAAUAAGACUAAAAUAGCGGCUCUGCUUCAAUUUAAAUGUUUUCACAUAAUUUUUCAACAAUUUGAAUAUUUUUAACAAAAAAUUGUUUAAAAUGUUUAAAAAACUACAUGAUUUAAAAAAAUAUUAUCUUAAUAAAUGCCAUUAGCUUUGCUUUUUGAAUAUUUAUGGAAUACAAAAAAUAAAUACCUUUGUGCUGAAAAGUAAAGUAAGAAAUAACGUCAAAAAGCACACAUUGCAGAUAACUGCAAACACGUGUUUCGGCGUUACAAGGAACGCCUUUUUCAAUGCAAAAAGUAAUGACCUUAUGGAUGAAAAG